CAGUGCCAUCAGCCGCAUCAGCGUCGGUAUUUACAACAGCCAUUAAAGAAAUUUUGUAAAUUGUAAUAAGCUUAAAUUUGUUUAAUAUAUUUAAAGAUGGGUGAUAGUGAAGAUGAAUACGAUCGAAAACGUCGUGAUAAAUUUCGUGGUGAAAGAGCUGAACCCAAUUAUCGUGGUGUUGAACGUCCUGUUCGUUCCAGAGAUGAUUGGCAAGAUCGUGAAGCUUGGUCAAGACCACGUCCACGGGGUGAAUAUCGAGGUGCACCAAGAGAUCGUGGAUACUCACCAAGCGUAGAACCUCAAUCAAAACGAAUGCGUCAUGAUUAUUAUCCACCCCAUGAAGGCUAUUAUAAUCAUUAUCAACCAUACCAUCAACCUCAGCAUAGAGAACCAGCUCCAGCUCCAGUGACCGAAGGUUCACAACCACCUAUGAUGUCCUUCAAAGCGUUCCUUGCUGCCCAAGAUGAUAAUAUUUCGGAUAGUGAAGCUGUGGAGAAGUACAAUGAUUAUAAAUUAGAGUUUCAACGUCAACAGUUGAAUGAAUUUUUCGUUGCACAUAAGGAUGAUGAAUGGUUCCGAUUAAAAUAUCAUCCUGAGGAUUCCGUCAAGCGCAAGGAGGAACAAUUGAAUGCAUUAAAAAAACGUGUUGGUGUAUUUUUGGAAUUACUCGAUGGGGGUAAAUUAGAUAAUAUCAGCGUUGACUGUAGUCGAACUGAUGAUCUUAUUAAAUUGUUAGAUACCGUUGUUAUUAAGUUAGAAGGUGGAACAGAGGCUGAUUUAGCUGUUUUAGAUGAAACACCAGAAGUUGUCGCUUCAGAAACUGAGAAAAAAGAAGAAGUAAAAGUUGAAAAAGUAGAAAAAAAUAAUAAGAAUGAAAAAAUUGAAAAAGAGGAUAAAGAGGAAAAAGAUAAACAAGCUAAAGAAGAGAAAGCAUUAUCGGAUGAAUCAAAUGAUGUGCAAAAAAUUGACGAUCCAGCUGAUGAAGAAUCUCAAAAAAGUGAUGAUGUUAAAUCUGUAAAAGAUGAUAACAAAGGAUCCGAAGAUGGCGAAGAAUCCAAAGAAAAUAAAAGUGAUGAUAAAUUGGAAGACAUUUCAAAAGAUAACGACGAAGAGCUUGAUAGCUCAACAAAAGAGGAUAAAAAUGAUGAAGAUGAAAAAAUGGAUACAGAUCCUGUUGAAGAAUUAGAUGAUUCAACGAAAAAAGAUGAGGACGAGAACGACGUAGAAGAGAAACCAGAAGAAAAAGUUGAAGAGAAUGGUGUAGAAAAAGCACCUGAAGAAUCUGUAGAACCUGAAGAACCUAAAGAAUCAAAAAAAGAGAAGAAACGCAAACGGUCUUCUUUUUCUGGCAGUGAAAGUAGUUCUUCCAGUGACAGUGAAAGUGAGCAUGAAGUUGAACCAGAAAAGAAGCCAGAGGAAAAUGAAGAAAGUUCAAAAGAAGAUGGCGAAAAAGAUGAACCAGAAGAAGGUGAAGAAGAUUCGGGAAAAAAAUCCCCAGAAAAAGUUGAAAUUCCCGAAGAAACAACUUCUACACCAAAAGUCGAACCACCUAGAGCUUUACACAAAACAACAUCAAUAUUCUUACGAAAUUUAGCACCAACCAUCACUAGGCAAGAAGUUGAAGCUAUGUGCUCAAGAUAUUCUGGUUUCCUACGUGUUGCACUCGCUGACCCACAACCAGAAAGAAGGUGGCUUCGACGAGGAUGGGUUACAUUUACACGGAAUGCAAAUAUAAAGGAAAUUUGUUGGAAUUUAAAUAAUAUAAGGCUUCGAGAUUGUGAAUUAGGUGCUAUAGUAAAUAGAGAUUUAAGUCGACGAAUUCGACAAGUAAAUGGAAUUACUGCUCAUAAACAAGUAGUUCGAUCAGAUAUACGAAUAUCUGCAAAAGUUGCGUUACAUCUGGAUGGUAAAGUUAAUUUAUGGGUUGAUGAGAAUAAUCCAAAAACUAAUCAAGAGCAAUCCUUUGGCUUGGACUCAAAUAAUCCAGUACUAAAAAAUAUUACCGAUUAUUUAAUUGAAGAAGCUUCGGCAGAAGAAGAAGAGCUAUUAGGAUUAGAAUCAAGUACAGAACAACAAGAUACAUCGAGUUGUAUAGUAGAAAGAGAUGAACAAUUAAUUAAAGUAUUAGAUAAAAUUAUUUUAUAUCUUCGAGUUGUACAUUCUGUGGAUUACUAUAAUCAUUGUGAGUAUCCAAAUGAAGAUGAAAUGCCAAAUCGAUGUGGAAUUUUACAUGCUAGAGGACCACCGCCAUUAACUAAGACCGACAUUUCAACAUUCAUGGGAUCGGCAGUAGAAGCAAAAAUGUCUCACUUCUUACCAGAUAAAACUGUAGCCAGUGGUGGCUCUGGAGAUAGUAAAACUGAUAAACUAGUACAAUUAGCACUUAAAGAUGAACAAGCAGAAUUGGAUAAAUUCGUACUUGCAAAUACUAGAGAAUUAGCUAAAGAUAAAUGGCUAUGUCCAUUAUCUGGAAAGAAAUUUAAAGGUCCUGACUUUGUACGAAAACAUAUAUUUAAUAAACACGCGGAAAAAGUUGAAGAAGUCAAAAAAGAAGUACAAUUCUUUAACAAUUAUUUAAAAGACCCUAAACGACCGAUGUUAGCCGAACAACAACCGGUUAAACGUGAGGACUCCACUCCAGCUUAUGGAGGCCAUCCAGUUUAUGGUAGCAUAUAUGGGUAUGGUGGAAUGCCACGUGGCGGUUAUUAUAAUCAAGGGUAUGGUCAACGUUCAAGAGGGUAUGCACGUACAAGGGGAGGUUCAGAUUUUAGACCUGUUGUACAUUAUCGAGAUUUAGAUGCUCCAAGAGAACCAGAAGAAUUUAUUUAAAAUAAAUAAAUAAAAACUGUUUUUAUAUAAAUAAUUUUGUAUAGUUUUUAAAGGUGACAUAACCAACCAAUCAAAUCAACACAUACAAUAAAAAAUAUCCAUAAAAAAACAUACA